AUGUACAUUACCAAAUAUUCAAUUCUAUUCAUCUUCGUCAUUAUUUCUCUUGUUCUUCUUUGGUGUACAAAUGCUGAUUCAAGUGAACAACAAGAUCAUUUAAUUGAUAUUAGUGAUGAAGAAUAUGAUGAUAAGAUGGAUGUUUAUCGUCGUGCAUCACUUCGUCCUGUUGUUGUACAUCAACGGGCAUCAUUAAGACCAUUUGGAAAACGAGCAUCAUUAAGACCAUUUGGAAAACGUGCUUCAUUACGUCCAUUUGGUAAACGUGCAUCAUUACGUCCUCCAAAUAUUUUUGGCAAACGAAAACGACGAAGUCUUAUGUAUUAUGAUGAAUAA